CACAAAGAUGGGGAGCCCGGCCCAAUAAAUUUCUUUCGGGCUCCCGAUCGAUUCGCCCGCCGGGAUUAUAAUAUCAUUUCGUCGCGCUAAUGCAACAGGGUGUAAAUUUGAGAGAGCGGCGGAGAAAUCGAUCAAUGGAGCAAUUCAAACAGCAGCCUCGCCUUCCGAAAUUCGCGGUUCCGAGGCGGUACGAUAUCCAGCUGAAACCGGAUCUUGCCACCUGCAGAUUCGCCGCUUCUGUCGCUAUCGACGUCGAUGUCAUUUCGAAUACGCAAUUUCUCGUUCUUAAUGCUGCAGACCUCACAAUCCACGACCAUGCUGUCUCCUUUACUCCCCGAAACUCCUCCAAGGUAUUGGAACCGUUCAAAGUGCACUUGGUAGAGGAAGAUGAGAUUUUGGUGCUGGAAUUCUCUGAGACUCUUCUCGUUGGCAUGGGAGUUUUGGCUAUUGAAUUUGAGGGUUGUUUAAGUGACAAAAUGAAGGGAUUUUACAGAAGUACUUAUGAGCACAAUGGGGAGAAAAAGAACAUGGCUGUCACACAGUUUGAGCCGGCUGAUGCAAGGCGAUGUUUUCCAUGCUGGGAUGAACCUGCUUGCAAGGCUACAUUCAAGGUCACAUUGGAUGUGCCAUCUGAAUUGGUAGCUCUUUCUAACAUGCCAGUCCUCGAAGAGAAAGAGUAUGGGGAUCUGAAGACAGUUUCAUAUGAAGAAUCGCCAAUUAUGUCUACAUAUUUGGUGGCAAUCGUUGUUGGUUUAUUUGAUUAUGUAGAAGAUUAUACUUCAGACGGGAUAAAAGUUCGGGUAUAUUGUCAAGUUGGGAAGGCCAAUCAAGGGAAGUUUGCUUUGCACGUUGCUGUGAAGACACUUGAAGUAUACAAGGAAUACUUUGCUGUUCCGUACUCUCUUCCCAAGUUGGAUAUGAUUGCAAUUCCUGAUUUUGCUGCUGGGGCAAUGGAGAAUUAUGGGUUAGUUACGUACCGAGAAACAGCUCUGCUAUAUGAUGAUCAGCAUUCUGCAGCUGCAAACAAACAGAGGGUUGCAACUGUAGUAGCCCAUGAACUGGCACACCAGUGGUUUGGAAAUCUUGUGACAAUGGAAUGGUGGACACAUUUAUGGCUGAAUGAGGGUUUUGCAACGUGGGUUAGCUACUUAGCAACUGAUAAGUUGUUUCCAGAAUGGAAAAUUUGGACCCAAUUUCUUGACGAAUCCACUGAGGGUCUUCGACUAGAUGGGCUGGAGGAAUCCCACCCUAUCGAGGUGGAGAUAAAUCAUGCGUCUGAGAUUGAUGAAAUAUUUGAUGCAAUAAGUUAUAGAAAAGGUGCUUCUGUUAUUCGAAUGCUACAAAGCUAUCUUGGUGCUGAAUGCUUUCAGCGGUCACUUGCUUCAUAUAUCAAAAGAUAUGCUUGCUCCAAUGCGAAGACAGAAGAUCUUUGGGCUGCCCUUGAAGAGGGAUCUGGUGAACCUGUGAACAGGCUAAUGAGUUCAUGGACAAAACAAAAAGGGUAUCCUGUUGUCUCUGUCAAAGUAAAAGAUCAGAAAUUGGAACUUGAACAGUCACAAUUUUUAUCAAGUGGUUGCCUUGGUGAUGGACAAUGGAUAGUUCCAAUAACAUUUUGUUGUGGCUCAUAUGAUGUUCAUAAGAAUUUUCUAUUGCAAUCCAAGUCAGCAACAGUUGACAUAGAAGAGCUUCUUGGGUGCUCAGUUGAUGACCAUGGAAAAAAUGCGGCAUGUUCUUGGAUAAAGCUUAACAUGGAUCAGUCUGGUUUCUAUCGGGUGAAAUAUGACGAGUAUCUUGCUGCUAGACUUAGAUAUGCAAUAGAAAACAAAUACUUAUCUCCAACAGACAGAUUUGGUAUCUUGGACGAUUCCUUUGCACUUUGUAUGGCUGGCCAGCAAUCUUUGACGUCUUUGCUCACCUUGAUGGGUGCUUACAGGGAGGAGCUUGACUAUACUGUGCUUUCUAACCUGAUAACUAUAAGUUACAAAGUCGUGAGGAUUGCGGUGGACGCACAACCUGAAAUAGUGGAUGACAUUAAACAAUUUUUUAUUGGCCUAUUUCAGUAUGCUGCUGAGAAACUUGGUUGGGAACCUAAACCAGGGGAGAGUCAUCUGGACUGUAUGUUGAGAGGAGAAAUUUUGACUGCCCUUGCUAAUUUUGGCCAUGAUGAGACACUAAGUGAAGCAAACAGGCGAUUUCAGGCAUUCUUAGAAGACAGGAAAACACCUCUUCUAUCUCCGGAUAUAAGAAAGGCAUCUUAUGUUGCUGUAAUGAAAAGAGUUAACCAGUCAAACAAAUGGGGUUAUGAAUCUCUUCUGAGAGUUUAUAGAGAGACUGAUCUGAGCCAGGAGAAAACACGAAUUUUAAGUUCAUUAUCAUCAUGUUGUGACCCCAGUUUAGUUCUUGAAGUUCUUAACUUUGUGUUGUCGCCUGAGGUCCGUAGCCAAGAUGCUGUUUUCGGGCUUGCUGUUAGUGUGGAAGGUCGUGAAACAGCUUGGACAUGGCUGAAGGACAACUGGGAGUAUAUUUCAAAAACAUGGGGUUCUGGGUUUUUAAUAACUCGAUUUGUCAGUGCAAUUGUCUCACCGUUUGCUUCAUCUGAGAAAGCUAAGGAAGUAGAGGACUUCUUCUCAAGUAGAGCAAAACCUUCAAUUGCCAGAACCUUGAAGCAGAGCAUUGAGCGGGUCCACAUUAAUGCAAGGUGGGUUUCCAGCAUUCAGCAGGAGGAACAUUUAGCUGAGGCUGCGAAGGAACUAGCAUACAGGAAAUACUAAGUCGUCAUUGAUCAGCCUUCCAUAUCCGAUGCCAAAUGCUGGUACAGACAAACAUAUUUGUUUGCUUUCCAGAAAUUUACAUUCCAAAAUAGUAACAAUUCAGGGAGUGGUAUAAAUAAAUAAAUAAAUAUAUAUGACUUCAGGAUAAGUAGAUCUGGAGAUGUAUCUCUGUAUUCUACGUAAUUCAAUGAGCACUCUCAAGAUUCUACCUUU